AUGUUGAAGCUUGUUCCAUUUGCCCUUCUUGUGUGCUCUGUUAGCGCAGUAAGGUUCUAUGGCCAUGCCACUCCGGCACACAUUGGCACCAGCCAUUUGCAACAUUUGUACGAGAUCCUUGAGGAUGAGCUUCAAUACGACUCUAUGUUUUUCUCCAAGGACCUCCAGAGUCAGAAUGGCUCCGAUUUCCUUGCAAAGGAACUUGGUGUCACCGGUAUGACCCUGAUGGAGUACUUCGCCGAAGAAGACGAAGAGCAGCUCCCUACAAGCGCCACCAUUCUGCCCGCCGCGCAUGUCACACCGUCUACCUCCAUCAGCGGCAGGGACACAGUUGAUCAACUUCGCUGCUCCCACAACGCCGUUGAAGACAAAAUCAGCCCGGGCAACCAAAAGCAUAUUUGCAACUUUGUCUCGGCUUUUGCAGCAAUCCCUGCUGGAGCCAUAGCCAUGAUUGUAAACUCACGCCAGUGUAACGAAGCAACCUCAGGCGCAGCCGUUGCAUGCAAGACAGUUGUUCUGAUAACUGGUGUUACUGGAACGACCUGGUCGGCCAAUGAAGCGAACCAAUUCUGUUUGGACAAACUAUCCGCCAAUGAUAAGCAAUGCUCCAGUCAGGGUCUUUCUGCUUCCCAAGACAAGGCGAGUAUGACAGUGCGAAACACCCAAACCGGCCCCACGUGCGAAAAUUACGACCAUUGUCAAGAGUUCAAUGCUUGA